AUGGAGGCAAUCGGCGUCGCUGCCAACGUCAUCGCAGUUGUUGAUUUAUCUGUCAAGGUCGCGUCACUCUGUUUGCAGUACGCCAAAGAUGUCAGAAAUGCCGCCGCCGACAUCGAACGCCUUCGAGAAGAGGUGACCAAUCUACGAAAGGUCUCCGAACAAGUCCGAGACUUACUGGAUGGCCCAAACGGGGCGAGGCUCAAAAACUCCCAGAAUCUAGAUGAUGUCCUGGGGCGCAGUGUCUCUCACCUUCUUGAGCUAGAACGGAACCUCAAGCCUAAAACCUCCAGCAAGGUCAAGCGAAGGCUAGGUCUGCGUGCAUUCCAAUGGCCCUUUCAACGUGAAGAACACGAGGCUUUAAUUAAAAACCUUCGGCAACUCAGCCAGACAGUAUCUCAGACUCUCCAAGUAGAUCAAACGUAA